UGUCAUCGUGACGCCGAUUUUCACCGCCAUUUUGGUUAACAACAAACAACAACGACGACAACGACGGCCGGAUAGGUUAGGAAUUUAUGUUUUAUAACUGCUCCAAGCGGCAAGCAUGAGGUUUUACGUAGAUGUGAAUCUCAUUAUUGUCGUUCGUCUGGCGUCUCUCAUUGUCGUUGGCCCGCCGUUCGCCCGUUCGUAGUUGACGUCUGAUCACGUUGUUUCUGCCGCUCGCCAUAUUCGCGCGUAUUGUCUCUUUUAGUGCCGUCAUCGCCUGUCUGCUCGAACCGAACUGAAUCUUCUGUUAUUAAAUAAAUAACGAUUUGAGUUUCAUGACAGUCUAUUCAGUCUAACUACAUUGUGCGCGGCUAGUCACCGCCAUUUUUGUUUUCGCGAGUACUGCCGUCCGAAUCUUCGAUUCCACCAUGAGUGAAUUACUUCUGCUUAGUGAAAAUUUUGAUGUGUGUAGAUUAUGUUUGGUCGAGCGUGAUACAGAGGGUUACGAACCGUUUGUAGACAUUAUGAUGCCCAUCGACGGAAAACUAAAGUCAAAGAAGCGAGUGCUAGAUUUGCUUGGAAUCGAUAUCGAGUACGAUGAAACUAAACCCAAUAUGAUUUGCAAAUGCUGCUUUGGAGCACUAGACAGCUUUCAUCAAAUGAAGAAGAAAGCAAAUGAAAGUCAAAUUGUAGUCAAUUAUAUUGCUAAUAAAAAAUUUGGUGGUACUAUGCCUGAAACAUCUGUUGCAUCCACUUCAUCGCUGAUGUUAAGGGAUAAUGAACAAUCAUCUCAUUCCAUACCUGGGACAUCUACUGCAUCUACUUCAUCUACUUCAUCACUGAUGUUAAGAAAUAAUGAAGAAUCAUCUCAUGAAACUCCGUCCAUACGUUCUCAAUCAAUAUCAAAACGAUCAAAUAAGUUUGGUAAUUCCAUGCCUGGAACAUCUACUGCAUCUACUUCAUCACUGAUGUUAAGAAAUAAUCAAGAAUCAUCUCAUGAAACUCCGUCCAAACGUUCUCAAUCAAUAUCAAAACGAUCAAAUAAGUUUGGUAAUUCCAUGCCUGGAACAUCUACUGCAUCUACUUCAUCACUGAUGUUAAAAAAUAAUCAAGAAUCAUCUCAUGAAACUCCGUUCAAACGUUCUCAAUCAAUAUUAAAACGAUCAAACGAGUUUGGUGAUUCCAUGCCUGGAACAUCUAAAGCAUCUACUUCAUCAAUGAUGUUAAGGAAUAAUCAAGAAUCAUCUCAUGAAACUCCGUUCAAACGUUCUCAAUCAAUAUUAAAACGAUCAAACGAGUUUGGUGAUUCCAUGCCUGGAACAUCUAAAGCAUCUACUUCAUCAAUGAUGUUAAGGAAUAAUCAAGAAUCAUCUCAUGAAGCUCCGUUCAAACGUUCUCAAUCAAUAUUAAAACGAUCAAACGAGUUUGGUGAUUCCAUGCCUGGAACAUCUAAAGCAUCUACUUCAUCAAUGAUGUUAAGGAAUAAUCAAGAAUCAUCUCAUGAAGCUCCGUUCAAACGUUCUCAAUCAAUAUUAAAACGAUCAAAUGAGUUAGGUGAUUCCAUGCCUGGAACAUCUAAAGCAUCUACUUCAUCAAUGAUGUUAAGGAAUAAUCAAGAAUCAUCUCAUGAAACUCCGUUCAAACGUUCUCAAUCAAUAUUAAAACGAUCAAACGAGUUUGGUGAUUCCAUGCCUGGAACAUCUAAAGCAUCUACUUCAUCAAUGAUGUUAAGGAAUAAUAAAGAAUCAUUUCAGGAAACAUCGUUCAAAAGUUAUCGAUCAAUAUCAAAACGAUCAAACGAGUUUAAUGUUUCCAUGGCUGGAACAUUUAAAGCAUCUACUUCAACUGUGAUGUUAAGAAAUAUUGAAGAAUCAUGUCAGGAAACAUCGGUCAAAAGUUAUCGAUCAAUAUCUAAACGAUCAAAUGGGUUUGGUGAUUCCAUGCCUGGAACAUCUAAAGCAUCUACUUCAUCAAUGAUGUUAAGGAAUAAUAAAGAAUCAUUUCAGGAACCUCCAUCCAAAAAUUAUCGAUCAAUAUCUAAACGAUCAAAUGGGUUUGGUGAUUCCAUGCCUGGAACAUCUAAAGCAUCUACUUCAUCAAUGAUGUUAAGGAAUAAUAAAGAAUCAUUACAGGAACCUCCGUCCAAAAAUUAUCGAUCAAUAUCUAAACGAUCAAAUGAGUUAGGUAAUUCCAUGCCUGGAACAUCUAAAGCAUCUACUUCAUCAAUGAUGUUAAGAAAUAAUAAAGAAUCAUCUCAGGAACCUCCGUUCAGACAUUCUCGAUUACUAUCAAAACAAUCUAAUAAGUUUGGUGAUUCCAUGCCUGGAACAUCUAAAGCAUCUACUUCAUCAAUGAUGUUAAGAAAUAAUGAAGAAUCAUCUCAUGAAACCCUGUUCAAACAUUCUCAAUCAAUAUCAAAACAAUCAAAUAAAAAUGGAACCAUUUUAAAUGGACGUAGUAAUAGUAAUAACUAUCAAGGUAAUUCUAGUAGAUCACUUACUACAAAUGAUUUACAAUCAGAACUUGAUGAAGAAUCAGAUGAUGAUUCUUGCAUAAUAAUAACAGCUCCAAUUGAAAUAGUUGAAUUAAUAUCAGAGGAUGAAGACGAUGAUAAUGAUCAUAUUACAAUUGUUGAUGAUAUUGUAGAUUUAACUGACUACGAAGAAACGGUUGAAUUAUCACAGGAUGAAGUAAUAAUUGAUUUAUCAUCAGAUAGUGAGGACAAUGAAAAUAAUGUAAUAAAUGAAAAUGUCAAUAAAGUGACUGAAAAAUUAUACUACUGUUCAAUCUGUCAAAAGAAGAAUAUUCUCAACCAUGAUUGUUCUCAACAUACUAAAUCAUUUUUUACUUGCUUGGUUCCUUGCUGUAACGUUUUAUCAAGAUCAAAAAAAGAUUUUACAUUCCAUUAUCAACCGCAUAUUGGUAUGUCUUCAUCAGCAGUUAUGUGUCAUCGUUGUUUUAAAGGAAUAGAUAAAUCUAACAAUGAUGGCAAUGGUCGUCACAUAUACUGUGAUCUUGAAAAUGCAUUUAGAUGUUAUUUAUGCAAUAUAAGAUAUGGAAAUAUACAAGAAUUUGCCUAUCAUAAAUUGAAAUGUCAUGGUGCCGUUUUAAUGGACUCAAAUUGUAAUUAUUUAUGUUUACAUUGUGACGAAUCAUCUCAAAAUAUGAAAGAAAUAAAUGAACAUAUGAAACAUUGUCUUAAAAGUCAGGCACAAAAUGUAACUGCAGCUAGUAUGAAACCACAAAAAGAAACAGAAUUAUUACCUGUUCAGAUAAGAAAGAAGAACGUAAACAAUAACACAAUUGUGCGUACAUCAGAACAUGUACUUUUUACUUGUUUAAAACCUUCUUGCAAUAUAAUUUUCCAAUCCUUCAGCAAUUUUAAACAUCAUUAUCGUCACCAUUUUGAACUUGGAAAUGCCUUGAUAUGUUGGCAAUGUUGUAAGCCAUGUUCUGACAUACCAGAUCUUAGAGCGCAUCAAGUCAAAAAUAAAUGUCGUAUUCCUGGUAUGUACAAAUGUUAUAAAUGUCCUGCAAAAUUUGAUGAUCUUGAAGGUUUGAGUAUUCAUAAAUUAACUUUCCAUGAAGGUAAAUUAAUUGCCAGUAAAAAAAAUAGAAAAACUAUUAUGUGUGCAUUUUGUCAAAUGGAUAUUAAUAUUUUCGACUUCAAAUCUCAUUUGGCCAAAUGUCAAAAGAAGAAUAGCAAACAAAAUACUUGUACUACGAAAUCUAAAAAUGAUUAUACUUGUUUAACUUGUGAAAGAGUGUUUGCGUCAUCAAUAUCCUUAUCAAAUCAUUCGAGGAUUCACAAUCGGUCUCGAAUUUCAAAUUUGAAAAAAGAAAGUACAUAAUCUAACAACUCAAGAACAUUUUGAAUUUGUCCAACUUAAGAUAAAAUCAAGAAACUGAUGGAUUGUUUAUGUUUAAAAAAUGAUCAUCAAUGGCAGAACGUCGCAUAAUAUAGACUUAAUAUACUAAAAUUAUUUGUUCUAUUUUAUGGUUUGUUUUAUAUUUGUAUAAAGUACCUACUCAUUUUUUAUUUAUAAUGUAUGUUUAAAUAAUUUUCAUUUAGUAUAAUAUUUAUUUUAACUAUGAAAUAUAAUGGGUAAAGAGUGUUUGCGUCAUCAAUAUCCUUAUCAAAUCAUUCGAGGGUUUACGGUCCUCUCGAAUUUUAUAUUUGAAAAAAAGAAGGAAAGAAGUACAUAAUGUAAGAACUCAAGAACAUUUUGAAUUUGUCCAACUUAAGGUAAAAUCAAGAAACUGAUGAAUUGUUUAUGUUAAAAAAAUGAUCAUCAUUGGCAGAACACCGCAUAAUAUAGACUUACUUAUUAUUAUUAUACUAGAGUUAAAAUUUUUGUUCUAUUUUAUGUUUUAUUUUAUAUUUGUAUAAAGUACCUACUCAUUUUUAUUUUUUAUUUAUAAUGUAUAUUUUAAUAAUUUUAAUUUAGUAUAAUACUUAUUUUAACUAUGGUUUAUAAUGGGUUUCAUAUAUUUUUUAAGUUUUCAAUUAGUAGACGAGUUCGGCAAUGAAAUUGUGUUAAAAUAAGGAUAUUAGAUAUUUUUAAAUAUAUUAGUUACUGUCAAUAAUAUCCAGACAUUAUUAAAAAUAGCUAGUAUAUUUAACUCUUUUUGGUUUUUUAAUAAUAUUGAUAUUAUUAGCUAGUUGUUUUAGUAUUGCCUAACUUAAGCAAUUAAUAUCACAAAUAAAUAAAAAUUUUUUUUUGUAAUUCACGAUUCAUUAUCAUUAUAGACUAAGACCCUGUAUCAAAAAAAUUUUACAAAGGCUUAGUUUUAAGUACCUACAUUUAACAAAAAAAAUUAUACAUUAUAAUAUUACUAUUUAAUAAUAAUUAACUAUAUAUUAGAAAUGUAGGUAUUACUGUAAUUUUGGAAGUUAAUAUAAUUAGUAUUAUAUUAUAAUUUAUUUGGAUGUCAUUUAUCAUUUCACAAUAAACUGCAGUGGUAUUUUUAAAAUCAAAUCCGUUUAGCUGAACAACAAGGAAAUUUAUUAGAUUUGCAGAUUUGCAGUGGUAUAUUUGGAAUCUUUGAGAUUCCAUAGCUGAUGUCUCCAGUUCACGAAGAGCGAUUUCUUUUUUAUUUGCAAAAUUGAUGAUAUUUUCAAGGUGAACGAAUUUUUUGCAAUUACACGCUUAAGUCAACUAAAUAAAUUAUUAAAACAAGGUACAAUUAUUUAUUUAUUUGUGCUUAAAAUAAAUUUAUAAAGUUUGUCAUUAAAUAAAAAAAAAAAAAUUAAUAUCGAAUUCAGUUAUACAUAAUAUCAAGGCUAGGCAUUAACGAGUUAAAAAGUUUAAGUUAAGUUAAAAGUUUAUUUUAUUUUAACUUUUUAACUUAACUAGUUAUUUUUGGCUUUUCAUUAACUUAACUGUUAACUUACUAAAUUUCUAUUUUAAUUAACGAAUAAAUUUUUCAUUUUAAGAAGUAAGUUAAUUUAAUUUAUUUAGUUUUUAAUUUUAUUGUAUUUCACAAUUUCAGUCUAUUUUGUUUUCAUAUCAAAAAAUAUUUAGCUUGAUUUGUUUAAAGUUAAAAAUUUAUAUCAUUCGAAUCUAACUUAUAUGGAAACACUGUAUAAAGUAUAAACUCUAUAGUCUGUAAUUUAGUUUUGGUUUAGAAAAAAAUUAAGUAUGCUAGCGUUGUAUAAACAAAUUAACUUUUUUUUUAACAAAAAGUGUGAAUAAACUUUUAACUUAACUAAGUUAACCUAUUGUUAAAUUAACUUUAAACUUUUUGUUAUUGGUGCAUAUUGAUUAAAUUUAACUGAGUUAAAAAAAUCACUAACUUGCCCAGCCUUGCUUAAUAUGGAUAAGAAUAUGCAGCCUUGUUAUGGAUGCAAUGAUAGGCCAGUGGCAUGGGAUGUUCAAACAACAAUUACAGGAGGAUUUGAAAAUGGUGACAGUCAAUGGACUCAUUUAAAGAUAGAGAAUACAUUGGCUAAGAUUUGUAAUACGCUGUGAUUUGGAUUCAGCAAUUAGGUUAGCAAUGGACUGGAAGUCAGAAGGAAAAAAGAUCACAGUUUUCGCCUCAGAAGAGAUUGAUUGAUGUGGAAAAAUAUUUGCAAGACACGGGAGUGCUGAAAUGGAAGGAUAUAGUGCAGAAUCGAGGCAAGUGGAAUGAUUUGGUGCUAGUGGACAAAACUCUUUUAGAGUAUUGAAAGCAAGAGGAAGAAGACAAUAAAAUAUAAUAAUAUAUACACAUGUUUUUAACUUAAUAUUAACUUCUUAACUCGGUACCAGGCACCUAAUCAUUGCCACCUUUAAGAUCUUUUAUAUCAAUAAUUAUAGAAAUAAAAUAACUAACCAAGGUUGACUUAAAUUAACUAAUUUAUUUUCACAAUUGUGAGUAAUAGAAGUAUAAAAAAUCAUAAUUAAUAUUUCAAGUCAGUUUUGAUGAAUUUUUUUCUUAAACAAUAGUAAAGGUACUCCUUGAUUUACAUUACUCCUCAUUAUAUAUUUGUUUCAAAUUAUUAAGAACUUGUAAAUAUUUUCUAAAUCUUCUUCUUUGCUUAAAUUAUCAGUUUCAUUUAGUGGAAAGCCAAUUAAUGCAGUGAUAUGGAUGGUACACCAAGGAUUAUGGGACACCCAAGUCCCAAAUAUCGCUUCGCAUAGUGCUCACUCUAAUAAUAUUUUUUUAAAUAUACAUAUAUUUAGAAUUAUUUAAUUUUAUAUAGAUUAUAGGUGUAUUCAAAUACGUGUGUUAAUCUGUUACAAUAAUAAGAAUGAAAAUCUCAAUUUUUUCUAACAAAUUUUAUUCCUGAUAGCCAAUCUAUAAAAUUAUUUUUAGAAAAUAUUUGAUAGUUUGCGCAAUUUUUGCUUCUAAUACACCCUGGCUUUUACUAUGCCAUGGUUUACCGUGAACUGUCUUAACAUCACCCCAAAUUAAUUUGUUGUAAUUCGGAAUUUUAUUUAUCAGUUUACAAAAUUAAUGGCAAAAUUGAAAAACAAUGACAUGAAAGGUUGUUAAAAUCUAAAUUAUUAAAAUAAAGAUAAAAAAUAUACUUAACACAAUUUAUUUAGAUACAAUUUAUAAAUUUAAAUUAUUUAUCUAUAUUUUUUACUUUUAAUUUAUUAUUAAUUUAGAAUUAUUCUUAUUGUUUUUUAAUUUAAAAAAUUUUAAAAUUCUUUAAUAUUAUUAAUCAUAAUUAUUAGAUUCUGGAGUGAUAAAUGUAUUGGUUUUACAAUGAUCUGUGCUUUUUUUUAAAUUUUUUUAAUUUUAGUGUACUGAUUUUUUGUACAGUAAAAAUACUUAGACCUCCUUCAAUAGCAUCUUUUCUGAUAAAAAAAGUGAAUCUAGUUUGUACUUAGAAAGUCUAAAAUCUCAAUAGUUCUGAAAAGCGCUGAGAAAGAGAAAAAAAAAAGAAAAAUUAAGGAAUACUGAAAUUUUUACGCAAAAUCAAUUUUGGUUUUUGGUGUGACUAAAACAAAUUAUUGUAGAUACAUGAAAUUUUCACUGAAUGUUUAUAUUAGCAUUUUCCUUACACCACAGUAUUUUUAAAAUAUUCUUAGCUGUUUACGGACAUAUUAUGUUUCCAAUUUUUUUAGUAAUUUUUUAUAAUCGUCAACAAAAUAUUAUUUGUUGGGUCAAAAAGCUAAAAAUGUGAUACAAGGCUCCUAAUAUAUUGUUACAAUAGCAGUUAAAAAUAUUAAAAACAGUCAAAUUUUAACAAAAGGCUUUUAAAUCACGAAAAUGUGCAAAUUAUUUUGAGUUAGAAAUUCCUAAAAAAUUUUCUUUUUAAAUUAAGAUUUUAAAAUGUAAUACAAGAUUCCUUAUAAGGUUAUCUACCUUUAUCAAAAAAAAAAAAAUGUCUAAGAAAGUAAAAUUACAUUUUUAUGAGUGUUUUUUAGUAUUGGAUAUUUACUCGAUUUCUCAUGUAGCGAUUUUCUUAUUUUGUUGUAAUUCAAUAACGAAUAACUGUAGUUACUUGGAAUGCACCAUAUGUUUAUUUUAUCAGUUCCUAUAGGUAACUACUUAAUACAAUUUUCAAAAUAUUUUUGACUCGUUUUCAGCUGUUUACGAACAUUUUCAAUGACCAAACAUUUUUUCUAUAAAUGUCAAUACAAUUUUAUUUGUUGGGUCAAAAAGCGUAAAAAUGUAAUACAAGACUCCUGAUAUAUUGUUACAAUAGUAGUUGAAAAAUAUUAAAAAUACAUAGGCACAGUUUUUUUUUAUAAAGUAAGUUACUAAGUAAAGAUUAAAAAUGUAAAACAAGGUUCCACAUAAGUAGGUUAUUCUGCAACAAAAAAAUAUAGUCUUUUUAUAGUUAAUUUAUGUAUGAAAUUACAUAUUAAGUAAGUAUUAAUUUAACAAUAUUAUUCGUGGGUAAGUAAAUUAAAUUUCCCAAGUAUAUUAUUAUACACAAAUAUUGAAAUAUGAUAAUAUGCAAAUAAUAUUAAUUAAAAUUACCGGCUACCGUAUUAAUAAUAACAAUAUUAAUAUUAUAUAAAAUAUCCUAGGCAGACAAACCGUCUCCGUUCAGAAUCGUUUUUCGUAUACAAUGAUAUUAUAUUAUUACUUUCAAUUGAAUUCAAUUUUAAUGCCAACCAUUACAGUGACCCGCUCGUAACCUAUUAUACAGCAAAGUGACACCCACUAACAUGAUUUUUUUUAAAUUGUUAUCUUCAAAAUUAAAGUAUUGUUUGAAGUUCAUUUUCUUAAGUUGGUUGACUUACAGCUAAAUCAUAAUUAAUAAUGCAUAUUUAGGGUUCAGCAAGUUUGAAGUUAGGUACUCAAUAAAUUGUUACCAGAUACAAGUAACUAGUUACCUGUAACCUGUUACUUAUACAAUUGAACCCAAAUGGCCAGAAACACUAGAUACAAGUUACAAAAUAAUAUUAUAUUGGUUACAUAUAAGAUACAAAUUACAUCAGUUUUUUUUUAUUAUUUGAAUCACAAAGUUAUUUAAGAAUUCAAAUUAUAGAAAAAAAGUUGGGUCUUUUAGGGGACGUAGCAAAUCCAGCAAAUGAUAAUAAUCUUUUGACUGGCAAAGAACAUUGAUCUGUAUUGUACCAACUUUUGUAUAAUAUAAUUUUUAUUUAAUAAAGCCAAAGAUUUAUUUUUAUCAUUUAAAUAUUAUAUCUAUUCUAAGUAAACUUUAUUAAUAUAAUUUUCUGAAGAUAGUAGGUACAUAACAAAGGUAAGGUAUACAUCAGAACAUUUUAAUUUAUCUGCAUUUUCUUAUUGUUCAAUUGUUAUUUAUUGUAUAUUAAAACCAGUACUGGGCGAAGGAUGCUUUAAAAAAUAAAUUAGCUCCUUUUCGCGUUCCUAAAUAAAGAAUAUUUUCUGUCCCUCAAUAAUUUUAAAAUUGUUUUAAUAUAAUUUGUAGUAAAUCAUUGUAAAUUUAUAAAAUGAUCAACUUUUAUAGCUAAGGAUUGAAAAUUUAAAACAAGGUUCCAUGUAAAUAGUUUAUAUAUAAAUUACUUUAUUCACAAUAAUAUCAUCAAAUAUACUUAGUAAUAUCAUAGGCUGACUUACCGUUAUCGCUCUGAAUUGUUUUUCUUAUACAAUGAUAUUAUAUCAUUGAAUUCAAAUUUAACACUAUCCAUUGAAUUGACCCACUUGUAACCAACUGUAGUACUGUAUAGCAGAGCAACACUCACUUUCCCACUUUUUUUUAAGAAAAGGAUAAUUUAUAAAUAUUUUUUAUAUGAUUUAAAAAAGGGAAUUAGGAGGUGUGGGGGCAUAGCCUCAAUAACAUUUAACAAGUGAUGGGGGUCUCUCUUUUUUGAAAAGUAAACAGUCCCCUUACUUUGAUUUGGCCAAGUCUCUAAAUCCAUUACAGUGACCCACUUGUAACCUACUGUACAGCAGAGCGACACCCACAUGCCCACUUUUUUUUAAAAUUAUUGACGAUAAGAAAUUUUUGUUUUGUUUAACAUUUUGAAAAUUUAAUUGAAUAUUCCUUAUAACUUAUUAUUAUAUUUUUUUUAUGAGCAACUGUUUGCAUUUCGGUAAAAUUCGUCAAUAGGUAUCACGAAAAUUGAAAAUAAUUUUGAGUUCUAAAUUCAUAAUAAAUGUUCUAUUUAUAUUUUAUAUUUAAUAUUUGAAAAUGUAAGACAAGAUUCCUUUUACAUUUUCCUAUUUUUCUAUUAUUUUAAUAUUUUGUGAUUAUUUUUUUCAUCAUAUUCAUUACAUAUUUAUAUUAUUAAUUUAAAAACUACGAAUACCGAAAACAAAAAAUGAAAAGUAUUCUAGAAAAUGAUAUCAAAAUAAAUUAGUGUCUUUAAUAUGGUAAAAUAUUUAACAUUAAUUUAAAAAAAAACGAAAAACUGUACAUAUCUAACGGUACAAAACUUGGCUCUUAAGUACUUAACAUUUUGCCAUUUUGGUGCUCCUAAAAACCCAUUUGAAGCUUCUUAAGAAAAUUUAAAACUAUAGUAGGUAAGUAAAAAUAUUGGUACUUACAAUAAAUAGUACCAACUAUUAGUAGGUAUUAUCAUUGAUUAUAAAUACUACUAGUAUUUAUAAUCAAUGGUAUUAUGUUAUUAAGAAUGAACAAUAUUAGUUAACGAUUAGGAAUAGGUACCAAUAGAUGUCUUAAAUUAUUUUGCACUACCGUAUUAUUUAUAUUUAUGUUUUGUAUAAAACUGAUAUAUUACCUAUUAUAAUUUCUUAUUUGAGAUUUUAAAUUAUAUGAUUUAUCUAAAUACAUAAUUUUUACAUUCUGAACGGAGUGAUGAGUGUAUUGAUUUUACAAUGAUUUUUUUUUUUAGUUUUGUCUGUCACCACUGUUCGGGGCAGUAAAACUGUUUUGAUUUCUUCAACAGUAUCUUGUUCGAUGGGAUGAAAUAGUUUUCAAAAGCGCCGGGAAAAACAACAAAAAUUAAGGAUAAACCGAUUUUGGUUUUUGGCAUAACUCUAAAACAAUUGACCAGACAGAUACAUGAAAUGUUCGCUAGUUGUUUUUAUAUCAUUUUCUAUACACAAUAAAAUUUGGAAAAUAUUUAGGUUUGUUUUGAACUGUUAAGGAAUAUUUUUUGUUUCCAAUUUUAUUAGUCUUUUUUUCUAUGAUUGUAAAUAAAACUUUAUUUGUAGGGUAAAGAAGCUUGAAAAUUUAAUACAAGGCUCCUACUAUAUUGUUACAAUGACUUGAAAAAUAUUAAAAAUCCUUAGUCACAGUCUUUUUUAUAAGCAUUUAAAGUUCAAAUCUUGCCAAAAUACUGAAAAAUCACGAAAAUUAGUAAAUUAUUUUGAGUUGAGAAUUCAUAAAAAAUUUUCUUUUUAAACCUAAGAUUUGAAAAUGUAAUACAAGAUUAUUCAUAAGUUUGUCUACCUUUAUCAAAAAAAAAAUGUCUACAAGAAAGUCAAAUUUAAUUUUUAUGAGCGUUUGAAAUUCAUGUUUUUACAACAUUUGAUAUUCACUCGAUUUCUCGUGUAACGAUUUUCUUAUUUUGUUGUUUAUUUUUUUUUAAUUAAAACACGUAUGACUGUAGAUACUUGAAAAUUUCACUGAAUGUUUGUACUAGCAUUUUCUAUACACGAUAAAAUUUUGAAAAUAAUUCGACUUUUUUACGGACAUUGUCAGUUUUCAAUUUUUUUAGUUUUUUUUUCUAUAAAUAUCAAUAAAAUUUUAUUUGUUGGGAAAAACAGCAUGAUAAUUUAAUAUAAGGCUCCUGAUAUAUCGUUCUAAUAGCAGUUGAAAAAUAUUAAAAAUACAUGGGCACAAUUUUUUUUUAUAAGCAUUUAAAGUUCAAAUUUUGACAACAUUUAUCAAAUUUAUAAUUUAUUAAUUAUUUUGUAGUUAAAAAUUUAUAAAAUAUUUAACUUUUAUGGCUAAGGAUUGACAAUUU